AAAGAUCGUGUAGAGCUGGUAGAUGUCUCAUUUUAAUCAGAAUUUCGCGGGCUACAGUUAUGACUUAAUCAAACAAUUCUUGGGGAUUUUUUGAGGUUUCUGGAAAACUGGUUUUCCAGAAACCGAUUAGGAAAGGCCUAUUAGCCAAAACGGCUAUCAUAUUCGGAAUCAGCAUGAUCGAUUACCUAUAAGCUACCGCAUUUCGUUAGAAAAGCGAUUUGGCAGUUGGAUAUGUUCCCUCGUCAGUUUAAAGAAACUCAAGUUUGCACAUUUUCUUUUAAGAGUACACUUCCACUCAUUUUAGAAAAUAUCAUUUUUGAGACAAAUAUGAUGCAUCAUGAUAGAGUGACAUGUGCUCUACAAACUGCGAGAACUUCUAAAUUUCUACGACUUUCCACCAGGGAGAUACGAAUUUUUUGAAGUUUGUCACUUUACUUUAAAUAAAUUAUUUCUUAACUUUCGAAAACUUUUUCUUUAUUCUGGCACUUGAAAGCUUUUUUAACACAUUUUAAUAAGUAUAUUGACAUACUUAUCAUUUUAGAACCGAACGAUGCCAGUCCAGCAAACGUAGAUGCUGCAAAGAUGUGGAGAGAACAACGUGACAAAUUUAAUGAAUUAGCAAAACGUAGUGUAAAAAAGUCAUUAGGACUUUGAUAUUAUUAUUCUUUCUUUUCUUUACGUACGAUUUUUCAAAAAUAAUGUUUUUUUCGUGGUUAAACUUUAUUUGUAUAUUUGGAUUUUCCUUGCUUGUUUUUUAGUACAAUAAAAAAAUGGAAACGUAUGACAUGUGUAUUGGUCGAAUAUAUGUUACUACUUUUCUAACAAAUGAAAUUUUAAAAAGUAUCUUAAGCGAAAGUACCAUGUUUUUUUUUUAUAGAUUAUGAUGCGUAGUAUAUUUCGACAAUUAUGUGCCAAACGUUCCCAGAAUUUCAACACAUACAGAUUUGUACAAAAUGUUCCUGCUACUUUAAAAGUCGAAUUGGAUAGUACUGUAGCUGGUCAACUUCAAUCAAAUAAUCGAAAAUUAGCUUAUUUCAAACAACAUAAAGGAAAAUUUCAUUUAAAAGUAUCAUUUCCAAAGAAACUUGAAGAAACAAUAAAUACAAUUAUUUCGGAUAUAAAUCCCACACAAUUAAAGAAUGAUGUAAAAUUAUUAGACGAUUAUCUUGAGAGUAGACAUUUACCAAUUGAAAAUAAAAAUUUACAGGAGCUCGCAAAAAAUAUUGUAAAAAAUAUGCUUGAAGCAGAACCGCCCAUAAAUAUAUUGGCAUUAAGUCCAGAACAGCGUACGGAACUUGAUACUGGAAGGCAAACUGAAAUGAUGAAACGAUUGAGAAAAAGUGUUUACCAUUGGGAACCAUUACGAUUGGACGAGUAUCGGUCAAAAAUCUAUUUAGCUGGAAAUAUAGCCCCUCAUUACGGUAUGCUUGUACAAAUAUUUAAUGAAAUUAAAGAACGUGCAGUUAAUUUUCGACCGAUGAGAAUGCUGGAUUAUGGAUCUGGAGUGGGCUCUGCGAUGUGGGCUGCGUUAAACGUUUGGGGUAAAAAUGCAUUUAUUGAACUGUUAAAUGUUGACAAAUCUCGUGAUAUGAAUAAUCUUUCACAGUUGAUCGUGCAAGAUGGAAGACCGGAUAAGCCGAUGCAAGUCAAAGGUGUUAUUUAUCGGCAAUUCGCUCCUCAUGGACGAGAAAAUACAUUUGAUCUUGUUGUUUGUGAUCAUACACUAUUCGAAUUUGAAAACCGUCGUGAACGUUUGAAUAUUGUUCAGUCAUUAUGGUACAAUGUUAAACCUGGCGGAUUUCUGGUUUUCGUUGAGCGUGGCAAUAUGUCGGGUUAUUCUGCUAUAAAUGAAGCACGCGAGCACAUUUUAUAUCGUUUGGCAACGUUUGAAGAACCAAAAGAAGAGGAUUCUACUAGUAAUAAUGCAUCAUUGGAAAAUUCAUCUGCAACUGAUAAUGAAUUAGAGCAAAAAUAUCAUCCAUCUCCCGCUUAUAUUUUUUCUCCGUGUCCCCAUAAUUGGGUUUGUCCAAAGAAAAAAUUACAUAUUCCAUGUCGCAUUGAAUCAAUAUAUCAGCCACUACAGAUUUUUGAUAUUCAAAAGAGCACCCGACCCCUCAAGACAGUUCGAUCAUCUUAUAUUGUGAUUCAUAAAGCAGUUCAACAAGCAGAUGAUAUGUAUGCAGCAUGGCCACGAGUAAUUGAACCUGUAAUUCAACGAAAACAUCAUCAACAUGUGCGUCUUUGCUGUCCUAAUGGUGAAUUUGUUAAUAUACCAGUAUCAAAAAAUAAAUAUGGAAGUGGCGUUCAUCGUCUAUCUCAACAUAGUGAGUCUGGUGAUCUAUUUCCGAUUAAAGGUGAUCUAAUAGGAGAAACAGAAGAAGCGUUGAAUUCGAAUGAUGAACAAGAAGACGUAAAUUCAAAAUCACGUUGGAGCCAUCAACAAGAUUUAGAUGAUUUUUUUUCGCGUGUUUAUCAAUAUCAUCAACGUCAUGGAUUUUUUUGCAUUGUAUUAUCUGAAAUUCUUGGACUUGUACAAUUUGUAUUUAUUGUUUCAUUUACUAUUCUUGUUGUUCAAUGUAUUGAUUAUUCAAUGUUAUUUCGAACAUCAUCAACUGCACGAAAUAUGACACGAAAAAUUCAGUUCAAUGAUGUUGUUCAAUCUCCUAGUCAAUGUCUUCGACAUCUACAUUUAUUAACAUCAAUAUGUAUUGUCUUAGCUAUAAUCUAUUGGAUCUAUCGUUUUUGUCGUGCUGUCUAUAAUUUAUUAUUAUUUUAUAAUAUACGAUUGUUCUAUUCACAAGCACUUGAUAUUAAACCAAAAGAUUUGUCAAAUAUGACUUGGCAUGAAGUACAACAACGUUUAUCAAAAGCACAAUUAAAACAUGAUUUAUGUAUACAUAAACAAAUUUUAACUGAAUUAGAUAUACACAAUCGUUUAUUACGUUUUAAAAACUAUGAAGUAGCCAUGGUUAAUAAAGGCUUGUUACCACCAAAGAUCUUUAUUCCAUUUAUUGGAGACACGUAUUGUUUAGGGGGACCAUAUGCUCCAUUCGAUCAACGAUGGCAUUUACGUCAAGAAUACAAAAUUAACAGUCAACGUGAUGCUUUAGCAAAACAAUUAUCACAAUUUAUUUUAUUAUAUGGUAUUACCAAUCUCCUUUUGUCACCAUUUAUAUUCAUUUGGCAAGUACUAAAUCUAUUCUAUGGUUAUACGGAACUUGUUCGACGUGAACCUGGCGUACUUGGUAGUCGUCGAUGGAGUAAUUAUGGUCGUUUAUAUUUGAGACAUUUCAAUGAAUUAGAUCAUUCAUUAAAUCAACGUUUAAAUCGUGGAUAUAAACCAGCUAUAUUUUAUAUGAAUUCCUUUGUUAAUUACAGUAUCGUCGAAAUUGCAAAAUUUGUGAGUUUUACAGUAGGUGCUAUAUUAGCUGUAUUAAUCGUAUUAACAGUUUUUGACGAAGAUGUAUUAAAUGUUGAACAUAUGUUAACAACGAUGACAACACUUGGUGUUGUUUUAGGAAUUUGUCGAUCACUUAUACCCGAUGAACACACUGUUUUUGAUCCAGAACAAAUGAUGCAGUUAGUACUUGCUCAAGUUCAUUAUCAACCAGAUGGAUGGAAAAAUCAUGCUCAUACAGAUUAUGUACAAACUGAAUUUGCACAAAUGUUUCAGUUUAAAUAUAUGUAUUUCAUUGAAGAACUAUUAAGUCCAUUCAUCACGCCAUUGAUAUUAUGUUUUCAAUUUCGUCAUAAAUCUAUACAAAUAAUCGACUUUUUACGUAAUUUUACAGUGGAUGUUCAAGGUGUUGGAGAUGUUUGUAGUUUUGCACAAUUGGAUGUUGCUAAACAUGGAGAUUUAAAAUGGUUUUCACCUGCGAGACCAUUAUCCUCUUAUCAUGAAGCAACAGUUAUGAAUGAUGGUAAACUUGAAUUAUCUCUGAUGCAUUUUCAUCACACAAAUCCAGAAUGGAAAAUGCCAAAACAAUGUCAACAAUAUUUGGAAAAAAUCCAAGAAAGAGCACUCGAAAAUAUUCAAACAUCAUUCGUACUCCAACAUUCGAUUAAUGAUAUUCAACGAUUACAAACAACUUAUUACAGUGAUCCUCAAGUAUCUCAUGACCAUUCAUUCUUUAAUAAUGUAACAACAACAACGCAACAACCAAAAGAACAUUCGACUAAUAAACUUCACUAUACAUCACCGACGACGAUGAGUCAUACACCUCUCGCAGGGCUUCCAUCUGCUGAAUUAUCACAAAGUUAUUUAACUGGUGCUACAUCAAAAGCCGAUUUACCCUACAGAAGUACAGCACCAUUUGGUAUUUUGUCCAAAAUCCAUACAGCUAUGUUCGAAUUAUCCGAUCCACAACUAUUUAGUAAUCCUCAAUUAGCACCGUUACAAGGUAUUCCUGGAACAGCACAAUUGGAUAUGAAUUACAGUGCACUUUAUAUGCAUGAGUUACGUCAUAAAUAUAAACAUGGUGAUUAUUUGGACUUGGAAAAUAUAAGUGAAGACGAAUAUAAUUCAAAAUGUUGA